UUCAGUGAACAGUGAAAUUUCUUUAAGAAUGUUGAUCAUUACAACUAGGGGCGUAUAAAAUCGAUAUUAAAGCGUGUUCGGAAAAUGUGUUUGACACGCUGUCAACACAAGUUCGGUCGUGUAAAACGCGAAAUUCCAGUGAGACGCAAUGCCCGCAUAACUGGUUGCGGGGAUUAACAAGGGAAAAAUGAGACGCGCGUGAAAAAUAUCCACACCAAAACUCUUUAAUAUGGCAUCGUCAAGUUCGGGGAGUUCUACUCCCAGGGGUGUGGAGGAAUGGAAAUUGGCGGCCGAAGGAGUUAAUCUGUUGAUAAACAACGACGCCCAACGGGCCGAAAAUUUGUUCCUCCAGUUUCCGGACAGUAUUGUCAUGAGAUGCGGAUACUGUUAUCUCGUGUUUAUGGAUGCACUGAUGAGUUUCGAGGACGAAAAACUAGUACUGGCGAACAACGUGCUAAAAGACAUGGAAAAACGCUGCACUAACAACACUAGCUGGCUGAAAAACGUGUCCAGAGUAUUCGGCUACGCCCAGAAUUCACAAUCCCAAUCCCUGAGUGCUUACUGGGAAAAUCAAAUCAUAUUGGCAGAUUCUAACGUCCUGCUUGGCAUUUUAAUCUUCUUGCAAAAUGAUCUUUCCGGUAAGGAUGCAUAUGGCAUGUUCAAGGGUGGUUGGGCCUUGAGGACUGCCUGGAAGAUCUACCAAAAGAUUUACAAUCAAAUCAAAGACGUGUACGAACAAGAAAUCGGACCGUUAAAUUUACCAGUUUUUUCAGAUUCCCUGGACGAAAUGCCCAUACCGGAUGACCUAGAAAACGUCUUGGAAUCUCCUUGCGUCAGCAAAACUUCCGCGACCACCUCCCAAUGCAACGGGUACAUCCCUCACUCGAAAUCCGCGAUUCUAAACGAUAAAAUCCGGAAGCCGUCCUCCGAUUCAACAGCUCAAACAUACCAAUCGUCCAUGAAAAAGUCCGUGUCUUUCAAUAGUAAUCUGAGUAAGAACGAAAGGGACGGCUUCUGGAACCGCUACAACUCGAUUAAAUCCUCCGUAACUUUCACCUAUCUCAAAUCGCUCACACUCUUCGGAUCGAACGAAGUAAAGACGGAUAUGGACAAGGAGACGAUUACACGGUUAAUGACGGCGGUGUCUUUCGGCUACGGACUCCUUCAGCUUGGCUGUUCCCUACUCCCACCCUCCGUCCUAAAACUGACCAACUUCCUGGGUUUCAACUCGGACAGGAACGCUGGACUAACGUGUUUAAAAUUCGCACGCACCGGACAAGACAUGAGAGCACCACUGGCUACGUUAUCAUUAUUGUGGUACCAUACGAUAGUACGACCGUUUUAUAGCAUGGACGGCACAAAUGUACAAGCGGGAGCUGCUGCAGCUCGGCAAUUGAUCGCCGAGUCCGAAGAGAAGUAUGGGCGGUCUUGUUUCUUUCUGUUCUUCCGGGGGCGAGCACACAGAGUCAAUGGUGAGAUAAAUGAAGCGUUAUUCAGUUUCCAAGAGGCGGUAAAUGUAACACAACAAAGAGAAAUGAAGUUGUUAGCUUCACAUGAAGUUGGUUGGUGUCAUUUAAUACGUUUGGAUUUUACUCAAGCUACACCCGUGUUUAUGUACAUGAAACAAACAUCCAGAUGGUCCAAACCUUUUUACUGUUAUAUUACCGUUCUGUGUACUGGUGCGAGUCUGGAACCUGGUGCUGAUAUGCCUAUUUUAUCCGAAUUAAAAGAAUGCAUCAAGAAAGUUCACAAAAACAAUCAGCUGUUUGAAUUUUUGUUGAAACGUGCGACGUACUGUCCCUUACAGGAGAUCACUCUUGCCAGCAUCAAUCAGGUCUAUUGGCGACUUUUCAUCUACGAAAUGCUUUACUUGUGGAACGCUCUGGCUAGCUGUUCAUCCGAAUCAAUUGACGCAAUCAUAAAUGAUUGCAAAACGGUAAAGGUGGGCGACAAAACAGAAGAACCGAUGAAGGGGCUUUCAUUAUUGAUAGCGGGGUCGUGUCACUCGAUAAAAGAGGAACAUGAAGGUGCCGUAACAUCGUUUGAAAAAUGUCUGGAGUGUAGGAUGGAUAUGCAACCGGACGCACCCGACGCUCAUAUUUCUGCUUUUGCGCACUACGAAUAUGCGGUCAUACUCAUGAAAGAUCCGGAAACGAGGGAAGAGGGCAGAAAGCAUUUGCAACUGAUUAAUCAGUACUAUGGGUUCGAUUUCGAGCAAAAAUUGAAUGUCAGAGUGAAUAAUUUGCUGAAGCAGAAAUAGACCAAUGUAUGACAAUAUGUUAAUCGAUAGUACUCACACCGUAACUGAUAGUUAUUUAUAAAGAAGCAAUAUAUUUAUUACCAAGCUGA